UGAAGUGGCUAGUUCCUAGUUUGAAGGUUAAUGCCGUAGGGUUAGCUAGUGGAUAGUAAGGGCAUGUCAGUUUGCUACAAGAGUGAAAGAUAGAGACGGCUAGCAAGCAUGGACAGCGUGAUGUCCCAAAAAGGAGUAGUAGGUUGGGGUUAAAGCCCUGAAGUGAUUGUACAUCAGAAGAGGGGAGUGACCAUUCAGGAGUAUGUUAGUGGAGAGCCUACAUGAGAAUCUCGGGCAUUGUCUGUGAGGUCCCAGUAGAGAUCAGUGGUUAUAGUCCCCCUGGGAGCCCCUGGACACCUAAUAAUACUCCUGCUGGUGCAUCUAAUAGGACAAAGGCCCUGGAGGCUUCAGAGGGGAGAACACUGUGGUGUAUGGUUCCCCUGAAGAGACAGAAGUCAAUUCGGAAAACACCGAAGGAGAAAGGGAAGCUUUCCCAUGUAUGGACUCAACAGGGGAUAGAUAUGGUUCAGUACACAGAUUCCUGCAACAAUGAUCAGGCCCCCAGCGAGCCUCUGAUCAACUAUAUGGAUGUACAAUACUUUGGCGAGAUUUCUAUUGGCACACCUCCUCAGAACUUUACUGUUAUUUUUGACACUGGUUCAUCAAACUUGUGGGUUCCAUCUGUGUACUGUAUAAGCCCAGCAUGCGCUCAGCACAACAGGUUUCAGCCUCAAUUAUCAAGUACCUAUGAAUCUAAUGGAAACAACUUCUCCCUUCAGUAUGGAACUGGUAGCCUUUCAGGUGUCAUAGGAAUUGACUCUGUUACUGUGGAAGGUAUAUUGGUGCAGAACCAGCAGUUUGGGGAGAGUGUGUCUGAGCCAGGCAGUACUUUUGUUGAUGCUUCAUUUGAUGGCAUUCUUGGCCUGGGAUAUCCUUCUAUUGCAGUAGGGGGCUGUACACCUGUAUUUGAUAACAUGAUAGCUCAGAACCUGGUGGAACUACCAAUGUUUUCUGUCUAUAUGAGCAGAGAUCCAAAUUCACCAGUAGGAGGGGAACUGGUGUUUGGGGGCUUUGAUGCAUCUCGUUUCUCUGGCCAGUUAAAUUGGGUGCCUGUCACUAACCAAGGCUACUGGCAGAUACAGCUGGAUAAUAUCCAAAUAAAUGGUGAGGUGGUAUUCUGCAGUGGUGGAUGUCAGGCUAUAGUUGACACAGGUACUUCCAUGAUCACCGGUCCCUCUUCUGACAUUGUCCAGCUUCAAAGCAUAAUUGGAGCAUCUGCUGCAAAUGGAGAUUAUGAAGUGGAUUGCACUGUUUUAAACAAAAUGCCAACAAUGACUUUUACCAUUAAUGGAAUUGGGUACCAGAUGACACCACAACAAUAUACUCUACAGGAUGAUGAUGGCGUUUGUAGCAGCGGCUUCCAAGGUCUCGAUAUUUCACCCCCUGCUGGACCUCUGUGGAUCCUGGGAGAUGUUUUUAUUGGCCAAUAUUACUCUGUCUUUGAUAGGGGUAAUAACAGAGUGGGGCUUGCCCCGGUAGUACCUUAUCCACCUCUGAUGAAUGGUGUAUAAUAGCUUUUAGAACAGUACAAUCCUGAAACUGAAAAUGUUUAUAUUAGCUAUGUCUGUGUAACACACCAUAACUUUGUCAGGUACCCCCGCUUUGCCUCCCACUUAACAGAUAAAUACAUCCAUAGACGUGAACUGAAAAAAUUCCCUUAAUUUAGGUUAUGCACACUUUUAAAUUACUUUAAAAUAUUGUUAUUUUAUAAAAAUUACAAAUAAAAAAACUGAAAAAUAA